AUGGCCUGCCCAAUCAAGCACCAUGUGGAGGCCCGAGAUGCAUCCCACCUUUAUAGGAAGCUGAAAAAGACCAAGCUCUAUUGCGUGCGGAUUAAUCACCCUGAGUGGCAAGGUCUUGAACGGAAAAGAGUGCGUACCAACGUCGCCUCUCUCUCUCUCUCCAAGAUCUUUUUCGCGGCCGGCAAGAAAGUUGUUUCGGUCGCCGACGUCUUCAACGAUGGCAACCACCGCCAGAUGACCACCGACUCCGACUCCUCCCCCGGGCGCAAGCUCUGGGAGCACACCGCGGACUUCAACGACGAGGACACGACCAAGUGGGUGCCGCAGGGAAUUACCUCGACGGCCGAUGCGCUUGACGCGGGCACAUACGAGGCCAUCAACGGCUGGAUCGAUACUUACCGCCAUGCACUGCUCGUGUACCCGCAUGCGUCCGACAACUUUAGAGAGGUGCCGGUGCAUGCAGGCGGAAUCAUGUGGUAUGGAAACACCUUGUGGGUUUUGGACACGUACAACGGUAUCAGGGUCUUUGACUUGACCAAUAUCUGGCAAGUUGGAUCUGGCGAUGAUGUUGGCAAGGUCUUCAGCGGUGUUUACUCGGCCGCUGGUUACAAAUAUGUGAUUCCACAGAUUAGAUGGUACAAGUGGUCCUCCUCCUUCAAGUUCCGCCACUCCUACAUGGCCCUGGACCGCACCACCACCCCCGACAGUCUCAUCGUCGGCGAGUACCAGACCUCGACCUCGGACCCUAUCCGUCUGGUGCGGUAUGAGCUCGACUACACCACUCGCCGGCUCAAGACCGACAGCAGCGGCGUUUCCAAGGCCGUCUGGGCCUACUGCGUCAACAUUGAGCGCAUGCAGGGCGCCGUGUCGGCGAACGGCAAGUUCUACCUCUUGCGAAGCAACGGAGCAUCCAAGGGCGAUCUCUGGGUCUGGGUUCCCGGCGCCGCGGCGAAGAAGAAUGCCGGCUUUUACCCCAGAAGUCCCGAAGAUCUGAGCUACGACAAGAGGAAUGGCAGGCGUCUGUAUACCGUGACGGAGGCCGAGGGCGUGAGGUAUAUCAUCAACUCGCCUGUCAACAGUGUCAGCUUUUAGUUGGGUCCGCAGGCGUCCGAGAACAGUUGGACAGGGUCCGAUAAGGAGUUAAGAGACAGUAGUCGGCCGCCCUGUGAGGCAUAGCUGGAGAUGGAUGUGGGAGGUCGGCUGGCGGUUGCGUUAAGAAAACGAGGAGGGAGAGUUGAGCGUUUUUUUUUUUUUUUUU